AUGGCUACUGGCUGGCUACAUAAUCUUACCUAUGAUAUCGCAUUAUGGAUAUUCAUCCUUGUGCUCGAGAUCUUUUUCAGAGAGAUACGACCAAGAGGUGCACAUAGAGUACCAAAGCAAGGACCUGUCAUUUUCGUCGUAGCACCUCAUGCCAACCAAUUUGUGGAUCCCAUUAUAUUGAUGCGUGAAUGUGGACGACGGACCUCGUUUCUUAUUGCCGAAAAGUCGAUGCACCAAAAAGGGAUUGGCACGUUUGCACGCAUGAUUCACGCCAUUCCAGUGAUUCGACCACAAGAUUUGGCUGUACCUGGCAAGGGGCGUAUCCAAUUGUUAAAUCGCAAAUCCGAACCCUGUCGAAUCACUGGUGUUGAUACCCAAUUUACCCAACAAUUACGUCCAAAGGAUAUGAUUGCGUUACCCAAAAACGCCGGCAAGGCUGAAGUCACCGAGGUCGUGUCAGAUACCGAGUUGAUGAUCAAGCGAGAAUUCAAGGAACUCAAGGCACUCGAAUUGCUAUCCAAUGAUGAGGGUACUCCAUACAAGUGCAUGCCACACGUGGAACAGGAGUCGGUGUAUCGCUGUGUUCAUGAAGAACUCGCCAAAGGUCAAGGCAUUACCAUCUUUCCUGAAGGAGGCAGUCAUGAUCGUGCUGAAUUGUUGCCCUUGAAAGCUGGUGUCACCUUGAUGGCUUUGGGUGCCAUGGCCAAAUACCCGGGUCUCGAUGUCAAGAUUGUACCCGUAGGUCUCAACUAUUUUCAUGCACAUCGCUUUCGUUCAAGAGCCGUGAUUGAAUUCGGGAAUCCUAUCACAAUUGCACCUGAUUUGGUUGAAAAGUUCAAGCAAGGUGGUGAUCCAAAAAGAGAUGCUUGUGGUAAAUUGCUGGAUACUAUUCAUGGAGCACUCAAGAGCGUAACAGUCAAUGCGGGUAGUUAUGAAACCUUGAUGUUGAUUCAAGCAGCACGACGUUUAUACAAGCCUGCUCAUCGCAAGUUGCAUAUUUCUCAAGUGGUGGACCUCAAUCGUCGAUUCCUUAUUGGAUACAACUUGUUCAGGGAUGAUCCCAAGGUGAUUGAAUUACAGCAACGGGUCCUCGCCUAUAAUCAAAUGAUCAAAUACCAUGGUUUACGUGAUCAUCAAGUCUGCAGAGUGGAUCUCAGCGGUCGACGUACAUUGAUGCUCCUUUUGAAACGCGUGUUUGUUUUAUGUAUUCUCACGUUAUGGGCAUUCCCAGGUGGUAUCUUGAAUCUACCCGUCGUGAUUGUUGCCAAGAUCAUCAGUGCCAAAAAGGCCAGCGCUGCUGUCAAGGGAUCCACUGUCAAGAUUGCAGGACGUGACAUUUUGGCCACAUGGAAGAUCCUUGUUGGCCUCGUCCUUUUACCCAUGCUGUAUGCAUUUUACAGUCUUUGUAUGUUGGUUGCCGUGUUUCAAACCGAUUGGGAUCUUCGAUGGAAGCUCUUGUUGCCUGCUGCGACAUGGGUGAUGCUCCCCUUUGUUUCAUAUGCAAGUUUACGAUUUGGUGAGAUUGGAAUUGAUAUUCUCAGAUCGCUUCAACCUUUGGUCAUGUCUCUUUUGGAUCCUGAUGGCGUUCAAACAUUACGAGCCAACCGUGAAAAGUUGUCACAUGACAUUACGGACCUCAUCAAUGAAUAUGGACCCAAGGUGUUUCCUGAUUUUGAUGCCGAAUAUAUUAGUCGUACGACGAAAAAGACCGACACAACGCAACAACGACCUUCAGCAACACGAAGCAGUAGUUUCAGUUGGUCAGUGGCUACUACACCCAGCCGAUUACCCAAAAUUGCUAGUGGAUUCUUUCAACAAGCAGUGCGCAUGGGAUUGGAUGACAAGAGUAUAUUCAACUGGGGACGCAUUGAAGAAGAUGGUGGUGGUGGUGAUGACAAUUCCUUUUAUUUGGGUCGACUCAAUGGUAGUUUGACACCUGCUACCAGUCGUCGUGGAUCGGCAAGCGAAUCGGAUGCUGGAGGCUCAUCCUCUGCCACAUCAUCACGAAGUCGUGCAGGCAGCUUUGGCAAUGAUGGAUUUAGAGUGGAAGCAAUGACAAGUCUUGCGAAACGACCCAAGUUUAAGAUUGAGGAUUAUGAUGAAAAGAAGAAAUUGGAAGAUGAAGGUUAUGCAGGUGAUCGAGAGGAGGAUGAGCAGCAUAAAAAGUUAAAGUAG